GGCGUUGUCGUAAAUCUGAAAUCAGGGAGUUUAUUAAGAUAACUUUCGUGCCGCGCCUUUUUGUUCACCACUCGCACUUGCAUUUCGUUUAGAGGACUAUCAGGAAAACUAACAUGAUGAAAAGAGGAAAAUUCCCCAUUGUAGUACUUCUCAUGGUGUGUGGGACAUGUCUAGUGACAUCGGAAUCAACCACAUCUUCUCCAACAGCUUCGUCAGAAGUAACGGCAUCGACUACAAGUACAAUAGGUACCGGAGAUGUCUCAACCGUAACCACUUACCUUUCAACUGAGAGCACACUAAGCUCUUCCUCAAACACAGUUCCAACAUCUACUCAAUCGUUAGAAACAUCAACAUCGAGCGGAGAAACACACACGUCGUCUACUUCAACUGCGAGUAACCACUCUUCUACUUUGAGUGAUUAUUCUUCAACAUCACUGACAGUAAUUUCAGAAACUGCUGCUUCGUCUUCUGGAUCAACGUCAGUCUCAAGUUCAGCCUCAAGUACAGGACACUCACAAUCAUCAGGAUCAUCAUCAACCUCGGAAAAAGAAACUUCCACGUCGGCUUCUUCAACUGCGAGUAUCCCAUCUUCUUCUUUUACAACAUCAGCGACAGUAACUUCAGGAACUACAGGUUCGUCUUCUGGAUCAACAUCGGUCUCAAGUCCAGCCUCAAGUACAGGACACUCACAAUCAUCAGGAUCAUCAUCAACCUCGGAAAAUGAAACUACCACAUCGGCUUCUUCAACUGCGAACAGCCCAUCUUCAACUUUGAGUGAUUAUUCAACAACAUCAGUGACAGGUACAUCAGAAAAUGCUGCUUCGUCUUCUGGAUCAACGGCAGUCUCAAGUUCAGCCUCAAGUACAGGACACUCACAAUCAUCAGGAUCAUCAUCAACCUCGGAAAAUGAAACUACCACAUCGGCUUAUUCAUCUGUGAGUAGCCCGUCUUCUACCACAAGUGAUUAUUCUAAAACAUCAGUGACAGUAACUACAGAAAAUACAACUCCGUCCUCUGGAUCAACGUCAGUCUCAAGUCUAGCCUCUAGCACAGAAGACACAUCGGUUUCUGCUUCAGAAUCUACAACAAUAUCAACAUAUAAUUCUCCAUCGAGUUCAUAUUCUCCUUUAUUGACUACAACUGAAGCAGAGCAAACAACGCUUUAUACGAAUGAAACAGAUGAAAACACAACUUCAACAACGAUUUCUCCUACAACUUCACAUUCUACUACAACUCCGUCUUAUGUUGUAGACUACCCUGUAGAUUCGCUCGUGUUAGUCGUCGAUUUAGAGGUCACUCUAGGAGACGAGCUGCCCUUCAAUGAGAGUCUGCAAAAUCGUUCAACAAAUUACUUCAGACAACUUGCUAGGGAUUUCGAAUCGGAGAUGAACAGGCUGUUUGCCAAUGAAACUAAAAAUGGCUUUAAGGAAGUUAGCGUAACAAGGUUUCGGAAUGGUAGUAUUAUCGUCGACUUUGAAAUGAAGUUUUACGGCGGUACAGAGUUAGAAAACGUCGGGAAUGAAACGUUUAAUCGUCUGGACGGAACUAAAAAAAUCAUAUUAAUAAACAAGAAUGUCACAGUGGACGCAAACAGAACAAUUAUCACUCAAGCCUUUGAUGACGUAACUGAUGCGGAACCUUGUGAUAAAUACGAGGGUAUAGCAGAAUGUCGCCCUGGGUAUAGCUGUAACCCGCGUGGUAACAGCAGCAUCAUAUGUACACCCGUAUGUUACCUUACCAACCACUUGAAGGAAUGUCAAAAUGGCGGAGUGUGUUACUACGAUGAACCCAGGAACGCCACAAUGUGCAGAUGUCCAGAGACAGAUGAGCACAUCUACAGCGGGGAUCUUUGCCAGGAUAAAACAGACAAAUUGGCCCUGUCACUGCCCUAUAUAAUCGGCAUUACCGCGGGAGUGGGUGGGGCGUUGCUACUGUUUGCCAUAGUACUGUUGGUCAUACUUUGCUGUAGGCGGUCUAACCAGGAGGGAAAAGGCCAUUUGUCCGACUUCGGCCCAGGGCCUGACUAUAACGAUGUUCCCACUGAGGCCCGGCGAUCGCUGAGUGAAGGCCCGUCCUCUUCCUCAGCGUUCUUUCACGGUCGAGAGCACAGAGUGGUCACCGAUAGUAUUGGAAAUCCGACCUACUUAUACCAACCCGACGGGAAAAGGAAACACUCGAUCGAAGACAGCCACGUAAAUUACGGUUAUCAAGACAACGAGAGUGACGUCAUGUCCGGGGCGUACACUGAGAUCAAACCAGGGUCAUCUCUGUCUAAUCUGAACUUGCCAGAAAAGUUUGAAAUUGAGAGACCAAAGUUGAAGCCCGCUGCAAACAAUCCAUACUACUUUUAGAGUAGUAUGUGAAGGAAACAGUAUAUAUAAGAACGUGCAAUGUUUGGUAUUAUGUAGAAAAAUCAAUUACAAAUCUUAGUUUAAUUUUGCAUCAAAACAAACAACGAAACCGGAAAACAUAAACAAUAAUUGUCAAGGCAUUUUAAGAGGUCAACAAGAAAGUGUUUGAAUUUCUUUUGUUUUCUGACGUUUUGACAUGCUGAGGAUAGUAAAAUCAAAGCACUGAAAGUACUGCAAGGAGCGGUUGUGUGAUGAUUCAGUUCUUUGUCAUAUUGCUUGGAAUUACAUAUUGAUUUUUUUUUCAUUAUUUUAUAUGAAAUGUUUUUGAUAUAUAUGUAUACGAGACAAUAUAAUGAAAAUAUCCGUUUUAUAAA